GGUCGCCUUGGCAGGUACCCAAAUGAAGUAAAUGGCGGCUGCGAGAAAGGAAGCAAACGGUUUUGGAGCGCUGCUUCUGCCUGUGGAGUAAAUAAAAUCGGGAUAUUUUCUUAAAAGGGUGCAGUUACGACGCAUCUUCCGGCUGUCGAGUAAAUACCAUUCGGAAUAUUUUUUAAAGGGAUCUCUGUACUAACUGAGAAGGAUGGAGAAAAGAGCAAAUGUCAUUCAAUCCCAGCCACCUAAGACUACUGCAGAUCAAUCAGUUUCUCCUGUUGUAACAGCUACCUGCAAGUCGGAGAACUUAAAUAAAAUUCAGCUCCCCAAAGUGUUGAACACAUUUCAGAAAGGAGAACUUUGUAUAUUGGGGAUAUUACAGUUGACAUCUGGCAUAGUUAACAUAGUGUUUGGUUUUAUUUCUGUCUUAUCAUCAUCAUAUUCUUUGGCAGAUCUUGCAUUUCCAUUUUGGACAGGUUUGCUGUACAUAGUUUCUGGAUCCCUGACUAUUGAGGCCGGCAAGAAUCCAAAGGCAUCACUGAUGAGGGCCAUGUUAAUCAUGAAUAUCAUCAGUGCCGUUGCAGCUGUGAUUGGAGUAUUUAUGUAUUCCUUCGUUGUAUUUAUUGAGAUACACACCGGUGUGUGUCCAGAAUACGAUGAUUUAGCUAAUUCUGAUUUUGUACAAUGCAAGUUUGAGGACACUCAGAUUGGGAUAAUUGCUUUGAUGUUAAUUUUCACAAUUUUAGAGUCCUUUGUGUCCAUCAUCACAUCCAGUUUUGGGUGCAGAUUUAUAUGUUGCCAUAAUUUGCCAGUGAUCGUUAUCCAGCAACAUUUGACUGAAGAUUCGGUGCCUGAUAUCUAAAUGCCAAAGCUAGAAGGAACACCAUUUGGAAUCUAUGCAUUCAUUUUAUUUUGCCUCAUUGACACCUUCUAGCUGGUAUGUUUUUAUUUCUGAAAAAAAAAUGCAUUUAUGAGGAGCAUAUUAAAGAGAUGAAAGUUCAUUAUUUUGGAAGCCUUAUUUUUUGCAUUGUAUAAUUAACUCCAUAUUUGUUUUAAUAAAAAAGAGAGCUGCACUUGAUGUAUGUAAGGUUUUAACAGGUCACAUGUAAAUAGAAAACUUUGCUCUAGCAAAGCUUGCUUUUAAGAAGGAAAUGUUAUGUAACUAAACCAAAUGUAACACAGAAUAUUAUGCAUUGCUAAUUAAAAGAUAAUGCAUUUAAUAACAAUAUUGCUUGAUUGCAGAUUUAUUCACAUGGUAAUUUUAUCCCAGUAUAUAAUUUUGACAGGCAUCUGAUUAUGAAUUAUGAAAACAACUGCAUUUUUAUCAGAUAACUGAUACUAUUUAGUUGAUUAUAUGUCAGUUUCUCCACUACUUUUUGCUUUUCGUUAAGCAAUGUGGAAAGAAUGUAUUUCUGUCAUCUUUUCACUUUUCAGCUAACCUUUCCAAACACUUUUACCUAUAGGUCACAUUUUUCCCAUACAAUAUAAAAUUCAUUCAACAAUACAAAUGACAUUUUGGUAUAAUAUUGUUACUGUAUUAAUAAAUGGACCUACUGAAAGCAUCCUUUUAAAGUCUUCCCUAUUUUGUAUGAUUUAUUUAAGUUGUUGUUACCUCUGCUGUUUUAUAGCUCCAGAAUCCUAUGUGUGAAUCCUGUGUACGCCUGUGAGCGGUUUGUACAUUGUCAUGGUCCACAUAGGUAAUCUUCAAGGGCUCUGGCUUUCUGUAAAAUAAUAAAAGGUCUGAUUUUGUUAACUGACAGUUUGAGAUUAACUGGGUUUGUGGGGAAUAUGACAGCACUGGUUUAAUGAUGUCAGGAUAGUAGUGACUCCCUUUGACCCUAAGCUGGGUAAUCUGGUUAAAAAUGGAUCAAUGGAUAUUUUUUAUGAAAUAGCUGUAAUUUCAGCUUAUAGUAUUUCUAAGAAAGUGAGUCACUAUUGUGAGUACAGUUGUGGUAUUCAAACAUUAGCUGUCAAAAAUGUUUUUUAAUAAAUCAAAAUUGCUAAAAAUGAUGAAAGUCUUAAUUUGAUUAUUAAAAAAAUAGAGAAACACUUUGUAUGUCUUUUUAUUGAGAAAUUAUAAACAGAACAAAAAUUAGUACUCAAAUUGAAUUUAGUUAUACACAAUUUAAAAGGAAUAACCACCUAUUUGUAAACAUGAAUUACUGUAUCAUGGUGCAUAUUUCCAGUUCAAAUGGAAACUUUUGUUUUCAAGAUUCACCGUAGGCUUUCAGUGGGAUUCAUAUCAGGAUUUACUACUGUCACACAUGCAAAAGGAGAGGAUAGUCUUAAGGCUGGUACAUCGAUUGUAAUACCACUCUGUAUUGUGAGAGGGUUGCUGUCAUUUGCAAAUUCUCCUCUACAGACCAGAAUAACCAAGAGUCAAGGCAACUGUA